GCCAUUGUUGCAAUAUACCCCGAAACAUGUUUCUAUGGCUGAGCUAACGGUGCCGAGCUAUGGCCAUUGAAGUUUUGUCAGAGAUUUCAAGCCCAAGGAUCUCGUUUUCCGAUGAUCUCGACGGCGCAGACUCCGUUGAAGAAUGCCACCAUCAGAGAUUAGACACAUCGCUGCUGAAUUCAUCGUCGGAUUUCGAUUUCUGCUUCAAUAAUACUAGUUUCGUUCAAGAACUACCCUCCGCCGAUGAGCUCUUCUCCGAUGGCAAGAUUCUACCGAUCGAAGUCAAGCGAAAACCUUUCGUCCCGAGACAAGUUCAUCGUCAACCGGAGACGGUUGCGGUUAGUUUCCCGACGGACAACUCGGGGAAGAUCAAAAGGUUGAAAGAAUUCCUAUCGAUGAGCAUCGACGCCGCGGACAACAAGUCCGCAGCAAUAUCUUUCUGGCAGUUCAAGAGAAGCAGCAGCCUCAACUGCGAGAGCACUCGGAGCAAAAGCCUGAUCCGAUCACUCCAAUUCCUCACGCGCAGCAAUUCCACCGGUUCGGCUCCGAUUCCGAAAGAAACCCAACAAAAACACACUUCCCUGAAGCAGCCAUCUUUGUCGAGAAAAUCAUCGGCGUCGAGGACGUAUUAUUACAGUUACGGUAACUCGACACAAAGGCCGCCAUUAAAGAAGAGCUGUGGAGCACAAGGGAGUACCGGUGUUCGAGUCAGCCCUGUUUUGAAUCUUCCGCAUCCGAUCAUUUCGAACGUGACCGUAAACUUUUUCGGGUUGGGUUCUCUCUUCUGUAAUGGUAAGGUUAAAAGGAAGAAGAGAUGAAGGAACUUCUACAGUUGGGUUCCAUGAAAGAGAUGAAUCGGAUCAUAUCAGAAUCACAUGGGGGUGGGGGUAUAUGGUUCC